CGUGUAUAUUUACCCAUGGCUUAUCCGGCGCCUUUGAUUCACCAUUCCCCUCGGAUGCUUAGCCUCCCAAGCUCCAAUUCCAAUUUUAUCAAUACUAAUUAUACCGGUAAAAAUAGUAGCAAUAAUAGUAGUAAUAAUAAUAAUCAUAAUCAGAAUAAUAUUAGUAAUUCCUGUUCUUCUUCGCCGUAUUGUUCCUGCUCUUCUUCUUCGUCGUCGUCGGCGGAUAAUCGGCAACAGAGUAAUUCGGAUUUCAUCGCUUUUUCCGGCACAAAGAAGAUCUGGAAACAUCAAGGCUUUAGAGCUCACGCUAUGAGUUCAACCCAGAGUAAUGUUGCAUCACCAAAGGGCAUUUAUAAUUUGAAAGAUGAGCCAGAUCAUCUGCUUGUCCUUGUUCAUGGGAUCUUGGCAAGCCCUAGUGACUGGACAUAUGUAGAAGCAGAGUUGAAGAAGCGGGUGGGAAGAAACUUUUUGAUAUACGCAAGUUCUUGUAACAGUUAUACCAAAACAUUCACUGGGAUUGAUGGAGCUGGCAAGAGAUUAGCAGAUGAAGUAAUGCAGGUUGUUAGAAAACAAGAAACCCUGAAAAAGAUAUCAUUCUUAGCCCAUUCGCUUGGUGGAUUGUUUGCAAGAUAUGCAAUUUCUGUCCUUUAUACGCCAAAUAACUCAGGUCAUCCCUAUGAUCUUUCUGCUUCUACAAAAGGAUUAAUUGCUGGGCUUGAACCUAUCAAUUUUAUUACCUUGGCUACACCGCAUCUCGGAGUGAGAGGGAAUAAACAGCUUCCAUUUCUUCUUGGAGUCCCCUUCUUGGAGAAGAUUGCUGCACCACUCGCCCCCAUUUUCAUUGGCCGAACUGGUAGUCAGCUCUUCCUUACUGAUGGCAAGCCCAACAAACCUCCUUUGCUGUUGCGAAUGGCAUCUGAUUGUGAGGAUGGGAAAUUUAUAUCUGCCCUUGGUGCUUUCAGAUGCCGUGUCCUCUAUGCUAAUGUUUCUUAUGACCAUAUGGUUGGUUGGCGUACAUCUUCAAUCAGAAGGGAGACAGAACUUGUGAAGCCCCCUCAGCGUUCGCUGGAUGGUUACCAACAUGUAGUAGAUGUUGAAUAUUGUCCACCUGUUUCGUCCAGCAGUCCCCAUUUUCCUCCAGAAGCUGCUAAAGCAAAAGAGGCAGCUCAAAAUGCACCGACCAUGCAGAAUACAUUGGAAUAUCAUGAAAUUGUGGAAGAGGAAAUGAUACGUGGACUACAACAAUUGGGGUGGAAGAAAGUUGAUGUCAGCUUUCACUCGGCAUUCUGGCCCUUCUUCGCUCAUAACAACAUUCAUGUGAAAAAUGAAUGGUUUCAUAAUGCUGGGGCUGGAGUCAUUGCUCAUGUUGCGGAUGCCAUAAAUCAACAAGAGAAGCAGCAAGAGUCUUGCGCCUAUAUUACUGCUAGCUUGUAGCUCUAAUUCUUGCAAAGGAACAACUUAUUCGACAAAUGUACAAUGAACCAUUCGAGCACUCCCUCGUGGAAAAGCUAUGUUGUACUUCAGAAAGAAAAAAACAAUAGAAUCAUGUUCUAUUGAAUUGGCCUAAUUCUUACUGCUGGAGCAGAUCUCCAUGAUGGUAUCUGCUCCUCCUCACUCCUGAUUCCAGAUUGCUAUCAGGUAUUGAUUAUGAUGGUGGCAUAUUGGAAGCCAGCACCACUUCCAAAUAUAAUCUGUUAUGGCAAUUUGUCAAUACAUCUUUUAGCAUCAGAAAAGCUUUACAUCGUUUAGCUGUAUUGGAUGCUUGAACUCGAAUUAUAGAAUUAGGCAUCAAAUGAGAAAGCUAUAGCCUUGAUCUUUUCGCAU